AUGGCGAUGAAGCCCAGCCAAAUUUUCUCCUUCUAUUUCGCCCGCGAAGAGGCACCACUAAAGGUCACCGCCCACCCCGGCAUUUUUUCGCCAGAUUCAAUCGAAUCUCCUAUAUCCCACGACUGCGGCGAUCAGGGCCGGCAGAUUGGGGGUGGCCGCCCGCCGGCCGACCUUGAAUCCACCACACAACCAUCCCCACGAGCACUCCGCUCUAUCCCCCCUGCUCGCAGCGACCGGCGACGGCGGAUUGGAGGAGGCCGCCCGACCGGCCGAGCUCAGAUCCACUACAUCAACCAGCGACAGCGGAUUGGAGGAGGCCUCCCCACCUGUCUCUCUUUCCCCACAGAUUGCAGCGACCAGCGUCGGCUGACGAAUAAAGACCGAGUCUGCACUUGUUCGAAACUGAAUAAAGGCCGAGUCUGCACUUGUUCUUGUUUAACUGAAUUCUGGAUGCUCCAUAUUUCCAAAAAAUAUGUCAAAUGAAUAAGGAAAACCGAGAAGCUGUCAGGCAACACCAAAAGACGGGAUCUAUGUCCUAUGUUUCCUAUUUCAGCAAACUU